CUCAGACUCACCGCUGUGCGUCUUUACGCUCAGGGAUCAUCCACUCCUGAUCCCCCCUCACGUACUCUCUCUCUUUCUCUGGUUGUUUCUUUACCCACAGCAGCCUCACCUGCGAAGCCACAGCGGAGGACAGAGGACACUUUGCUGACUGACGGACAAAAAAGGCACCUCCGUGUACUCUCACCAUGGAGGAGAGCCGGGCAGAGUAACUUACUGCAGCCUUUACAGUAUAAAACCUGACUGUCAGAGAAGAGAGCGAUCUUCACGAUGAGCCGUUAAAUUCCUGCUACCGGUGCUUUCUUUGGAGAGUGGAUUGACCAUCUCCUAACAGCAGGGGAGACGAGCAGAGAGGCAUUUAACCGUUGAUUUGAGUCCUCAGAUGGACCAAGUGCCCUCGGCACUGGCCGCUAAGAUGCGCUGGAUCACGCUGAUGCUUGCAGGCUUGACUUUCUGGGGCAAAGUGACUAUUUGUAACUGUUUCGACUACGAGGAGCCAGACUAUGAUUACUACGAGGAAGAUAAAGCGGAGACCAUUGACUACAAAGACCCUUGCAAAGCUGCUGUAUUCUGGGGCGACAUUGCUUUAGACGAGGAGGACCUGCGCAUGUUUCAGAUCGACAGGACGAUAGACCUGACACAGCACACACACAUGCGCACACACUCCCGGCAGGGCCACACAUCUGGUGGCCUGGAGGAACAUCAAGUUGCAAAGAAGAGAGGAUCAUUAUAUCUGCUGCUCGAGAGAAUACGCAGGUUUGGCUUUGAAUAUCUCCCAAAGAACUCAAGCAAAGGAUCCCCAGGUCCCAAGAGCCAAACUGGGAAAGGUGGCAAGACGGGGAACGUGGUGAAAAGUCGGAUUCCCCGAGCGGCCACAUCCAGAGCUGAGAGAAUUUGGCCCGGAGGAGUCAUUCCCUACGUCAUAGGAGGAAACUUUACUGGUAGUCAGAGGGCCAUGUUUAAACAGGCCAUGCGUCACUGGGAGAAACAGACGUGUGUGACGUUUAUUGAGAAGACGGAUGAGGAAAGCUACAUCGUGUUCACCUACAGACCCUGUGGGUGUUGUUCCUAUGUGGGUCGUCGUGGCAACGGGCCCCAGGCCAUCUCUAUAGGCAAGAACUGUGACAAGUUUGGCAUUGUGGUGCACGAAUUGGGUCAUGUCAUCGGAUUUUGGCACGAGCACACACGGCCUGACCGUGACGAUCACGUGACCAUCAUCCGGGAUAACAUUCAGCCAGGCCAGGAGUAUAACUUUCUCAAGAUGGAGCCGGGGGAGGUCAACUCUCUGGGGGAGCCAUAUGAUUUUGACAGCAUCAUGCACUACGCCAGAAACACCUUCUCACGGGGGAUGUUCCUCGACACCAUCCUUCCAUCCAGAGACGAAAACGGGGUCAGGCCUGCUAUUGGCCAGCGGACCAGGCUCAGUAAAGGAGACAUUGCACAGGCAAGGAAGCUGUAUAGAUGUCCAGCAUGUGGAGAGACGCUCCAAGAGUCAACAGGCAACUUCUCGUCUCCUGGUUACCCCAACGGAUACCCAUCAUACACACACUGUGUCUGGAGAAUAUCUGUUACACCAGGAGAAAAGAUAGUCCUGAACUUCACCACCAUGGAUCUGUAUAAAAGCAGUCUGUGUUGGUACGACUACAUAGAGGUUCGGGAUGGAUACUGGAGGAAAGCUCCACUGCUCGGCAGGUUUUGUGGCGAUAAAGUUCCUGAUGUGUUGAUCUCGACUGACAGCAGGAUGUGGAUUGAGUUCCGUAGUAGCAGCAACUGGGUGGGAAAAGGCUUUGCCGCCAUUUAUGAAGCGAUCUGUGGAGGUGAAAUCACCAAAGACUCAGGACAGAUUCAGUCUCCAAACUAUCCCGAUGACUACAGACCUUCUAAAGAGUGUGUGUGGAGGAUCACUGUGUCCGAGGGAUACAACGUCGGACUCAGCUUUCAGGCUUUUGAGAUUGAGAGACACGACAGCUGUGCCUAUGACUACCUAGAGGUCAGGGAUGGCCCUCUGGAGACGAGCCCUCUGAUUGGUCGAUUCUGUGGCUACGACAAACCUGAAGAUGUGCGCUCCACCUCACACACACUGUGGAUGAAGUUUGUCUCGGAUGGGACAGUCAACAAGGCUGGCUUUGCUGCAAACUUUUUCAAAGUGUGUGAUGAGUGUGCCAAGCCAGACAAUGGUGGAUGUGAACAGAGGUGUGUAAACACUCUCGGCAGCUUCAAGUGUGCCUGUGACCCGGGCUAUGAACUAGCUCCUGACAAGAAGAGCUGUGAAGCUGCAUGUGGUGGCCUCCUCUCUAAAUUGAACGGGACCAUCAGCACUCCUGGCUGGCCUAAAGAGUAUCCACCCAACAAGAACUGUGUGUGGCAGGUGGUCGCUCCCACUCAGUACCGCAUCUCCAUGCAGUUCGAGGCCUUCGAGCUGGAAGGAAACGAGGUGUGUAAAUAUGACUAUGUGGAGGUGCGUAGCGGCCUCUCAUCAGACUCAAAGCUGCAUGGUAAAUACUGUGGCACGGAGGUCCCUGAAGUCAUCACGUCGCAAUACAACAACAUGAGGAUCGAGUUCAAGUCCGACAACACUGUAUCAAAGAAAGGCUUCAAAGCUCACUUCUUCUCAGACAAAGAUGAGUGCAGCAAGGACAACGGAGGCUGCCAGCACGAGUGCAUCAACACAGUGGGUUCUUACGUUUGUCAGUGUCGCCACGGCUUUGUACUGCAUGAGAACAAACAUGACUGUAAGGAAGCUGAGUGUGAGCAUAAGAUCCAUAGCCCCAGUGGAACCCUGAGCAGCCCCAACUGGCCAGACAAGUAUCCCAGCCGUAAGGAGUGCACCUGGGACAUCACAGCCACGCCGGGACACCGAGUCAAGAUAACCUUCAAUGAGUUUGAGAUCGAGCAGCAUCAGGAGUGUGCAUACGACCAUCUGGAGGCCUUCGACGGGGACAGCGACACAGCCGCCAUCUUGGGCCGAUUGUGUGGCAGUAAGAUCCCGGAGCAGCUGGUCUCCACCGGGAACAAGAUGUAUCUCCGCUUCAUUUCUGAUGCUUCAGUACAAAGGAAGGGUUUCCAGGCUACUCACUCGACAGAGUGUGGAGGUCGGCUGAAGGCAGAAGUUCGGCAGAAGAACCUUUAUUCUCACGCUCAGUUUGGAGACAAUAAUUAUCCGGGUCACACUGACUGUGAUUGGCUGUUGACGGCCGAACAGGGCUACGGCGUGGAACUGAGCUUCAUCACUUUUGAGGUAGAGGAGGAAGCGGAUUGUGGUUACGACUACAUUGAGCUGUACAACGGGUACGACGCCAACUCCCACCGACUGGGUCGCUUCUGCGGUUCAGGGCCCAGGGAGGGGAUCUACUCUCCCGGAGGAGCUAUGCUGAUCCGUUUUCACAGCGAUGACACGAUCAGCAAAAAGGGAUUCCACAUCCGCUACACAAGCACCAAGUUCCAGGAGAGCCUUCACACCAGGAAAUGACUUUAGAUGCUCCGUGACCUCUGAUCUCUGUGCAAUCCUGACCUUCACCAUGGCAACCAGAAAAGUACAGCCUGUCCCCCCUCUUUUUGGACACUGCAGGCAGACGUGGACGUUUGCCAGCCAGAGGAGGAAGACAACACUUAAAACAUUUGCCUCGCUACGUGGCUCCAUAUCUCACUCUGAGAUGGGAAAAAUAACAAGAUAUUAAAAAAAUAAAUAAAUGGAGCUUUGACUAAUUAGGGGAAAUACGCCGAGGAUUGAGUGGAGGAGAUUUAUCACCGGAUACCUGGAUACCCUCAAUGUGAAGGGAGGGUGGUUGAACAUGCAAACCAGUUUACUGAGAUACUCUAAUGGUGCAAAAACGCAACACAGGAGUAUAAACACUCACAUACAUGUAUUAGAUUAAUAUUCACAAUUAUAAACUAUGGAUGCUUAAGGAACGAAGGCUUAAAAAAAAAAGAAGAAAAUGCCUCCAUUAAGGGAGUUCUUUUCUGACUCCUUGGUCCUUGAAGUGUGCAACUUAUUGUGAUAAGAUGGCUGCUCAUGUCCACAGAAACUCUACAGACAUUUUUAUUGCCUUUGAUGCCUGGGAACUGGUCCGUUCCACCCAGCUCAGAACGGCUGCAGAUGAUUUGAUUUCAUGUCUUAUGUAAAAAACAAACAAACAUUGUGUUUACUGUAUGUGUGUAUGUGUGUACAGAGAAGAGAACAAAAACUAAAGGCUGAAGGCCGUCAUGUUGUCCUUUUUGCUUAAAGCUUAUGCUGACGACCAUCGUGUAUGGAAAUAAAAAAAAGAACAAUUUACGAAUGAUCUGUGAUGCUAAUGUUAAGCCUUGCAUUAUACUUUGUGUGUGUUUUUUUUGAGUAUGAAAACCAUCUUCUAACAAAUGGAGCGACUUUUUAUGGAUGUUUUCAGUUUCCACCUCAACCUCUCGACGCCCAAUCUUUUUUUUUUUCCAGUGGAUAUCGGAAAAGGGAAUAUUUUCACAGCUGUCUCUUGGAGUGACACAAUUCAAAAUGAAGGAGAGAUUCCCAUGGUGCUAAAAAUAAAACUACACUGACUGACAGACGACUGCCGAUGAAAGGAAAGACUUUGUAACAGAGAUGCAGUCGGCGUGCAAACAGCACACUACACCAACAGCACUUGUCCUGUGGAACUACAACUUUGCCUUAGAACCAAAAUGUAUGCAGAGGUCGCUGUGUUGAGUCAGCGGAGUGUUUUAUGAGGUUUUUUGGCAGCGAGCUUCAAUCAAUUUGGGUUUUCGAAUGGUCUUAUUGUGAAAAACAAAAAACAUGGGAAAUGUAGUCUGUGUGUGAGAUAGUGUCAAUGGUGCAUGCGUGUUUGUGUGUCAAUUUUUGUAGCUGUUCUCAGAGAUACAUAAACACACACUUACAUAUCCGCAGAAACACAACUCAUUUGUGUGUAUUUCACCCAAACACACACUUCUGUCCCCCCCGUCUUGGUAUUUUCGAGCGAGGAGUGAAGCGAGGUUCUGUAAAAUAAAGAAAAAACAAAUAAGGUGCACACAGCAUGCAUCCUCUCUGUGUUCAAAUGCAAAUGUGUAAGUGCGUGUCAUAGGAGAAUAUAGAGGAAUAAUGUGUGCGUAUGAGUGUAAACUGUAUGAUUUUACAUUGAAUCUUUCAUCACUGUACGUGCCAAUCUCCAGGUGACCCUGAUCCACUGUAGUUUUGUUUUAUCAUUCCACCUCAGUGUCUGUUGCUCAAGAGACACUGACAUGAGUCCUCUGCAUCAGUCAUUGAAAUAAACACUUGUAUUUCUGUUUCAUUGAUUAUUGA